AUGUCAAGACGAAAACGUAACGUGCCAACACGGCAACAAUCGACUAUAAAAUUAUCAUCGAAAAAACAAGAGGUAGCAAGUGGCGAAGAUCAUAUAACAUCAGUUACUCAAUUAUGGACAUUGCCUCGAGCAACUUUAUUACUAGUUACACCAAUUCUCGCAUCAACAAUUUUGCAAGUUUCUCCGCGUUAUCUUGAGCCACUAUAUGGAAAUGUUUUCUCUUAUUUAUACUUUAAAGAAGCUGCUUUAGGUUGCGUGAUAUUUGGGAUAAUUUUAGGUGUCUGGGUAAUUUCGAUAGUAAAGGAAUCCUGGAAUCGUCAAGCUGAGAAACAAAAUGAAGCUUAUUUGAGCACUUUAAUUAUGAUAGGAAUUGACUGGUGCGGCAUCCUAUUGGCGCUGUCCCCACUUUCAGUAAAAUUAUUAUUCACGCAAAGUGGAACCCUGGGCCCGUAUAUAGGACCACAUGUUACUCAAACAUGGUUAGCCUAUCCGGUGCUUUUUACUCUAGCUCUAAUAAACACAUUAGUUUGUGCGAGACGUGAGAGAGAAAAAAAAAUUCUACUGUAUAGAUGGGCAUUAUAUGUGAUCAUGCAUGUUGUGGUGAUCUCGUCUUUAACUUAUGUCUUGUAUAAUGUUGUUUCGAUGGGUCGUACUUGUCAACGAUUAUAUUCCAGUGGACUCUUAUUAGCAUUGGUUAGCGGAUUAUUUAAGGCUUUGUAUCGUAUUUACGGCGAGAUCACGCUAUUAGAAGAUUCUGCACAAAGACGAAAGGCACAAACACUUGUAGCAAAAGAAGUAAGGCCCUCUGUGAACAUAUUGCCACAGAUUCUCAUAAUUAUUUUAGUUAUUUAUAAUGCCGGAUUCAAUUCUCAAUGUCUUCUAAACGUGAGCAACAAUAAUAAUGACCAAAAUAAUUCGAAAUCGGCAUACAUUGUCUUAGCUCGUAAUGAAUCUGUUACAGGAUGGAUUGACGUGGUUGAUGAUCCUACACGUGACAUACGUGUUAUGCGUGCCGGACAUUCGUUAAUUGGUGGUGUACGUAAAAGUACUUGGGAAUCUGUAUUCGCCUCGUUUUAUUAUAUGGAAGCUGUACAACUCGUCGAAGGAAGAACGCAUGAUGAACAGGAAAAGGCACUUCAAAUAGGACUAGGAAUUGGCGUGUCCGCAUCCUCACUUCAAGAGAACAACGUGUUGGUUGAUAUAGUUGAAAUUGAUCCAGCAGUAUACGCGUUCGCUGUGAAUUAUUUUCGUCUUGCACCUCUCAGCAAACCUUAUAUUCAAGAUGGUCGAAAAUUCAUUAAUGAAGCCCCAUCGAAUAAAUAUGAUUACGUCUUACAUGACGUGUUUACUGGAGGUUCUGUCCCGGAAACAUUAUUUUCCGUCGAAGCUUUAAUUCAGAUUCAAAGAAUAUUAAAAGAGGAUGGUGUGCUUGCUUUGAAUUAUGUGGGAUCUCAAAAAUGGCCCGACGCUGAAGCAUUAGGGUUAAUUUACAAUACGAUCAAGGCAGUUUUCCCGUACGUAAAUUGUUAUCGAGAGGGUAGCAGCGAGUCGAUUGAAGUAUUUGAAAAUAUAGUAUUCUUUGCUUCCGCAAAACCGAUAAGCUUUCGUGCAAUAACUACAAACAGCACAUUCACUGGUGGACUUCGAGAAUAUGUUCUCGAAACUUUUGAAAAAUGGAAAGUAGAUUUGACGCGUCUAUCAAAUGUCACCGAAAGCUGUUUCUGCUAG